AUGCGUGUCUCCAUCCGCCUGCUCGCGGCCGUUUCUCGCGGCCCCCCGUCGAAGCUGAAGAAGCCGGCGAUCGGGCUAGACCACUUUAUUCAAAGAGGGCGCGUUUUGGCAUUCUGGCGCGAGAUCGUGCGAGCAUUGAAUAAAAUCCCUCCAUCUGCUACACGCAAUGAGCUACAUGAUUAUGCUCGGCGGGAAUUUGAACGGCAUCGCGAGGUGACAGACUUGGCACAUAUACGAUACUUGCUUUCGACAGGGAAAUCCGAGUUCGAGACCAUGAGGCGGUAUAUCGAUGAGCAGGCUGCUGGAUGA